GACGUCAUUACGCUGUAAAAUAAAAUAAACAUAAGUUGGAAACUCAAACUUUAAAAAAGACAGCUAAGCUUGCCAAGCUUUGGAACUUUCAAGAAUAGUGUAUGUUGUUUUAGUUUAGCUUAAUUACAAUUAUUACAAUUAUAAUUAUACUCAGUUACUUUAACUUGUGUAGACCAAACCGAGAAUUCAGUACACCAUACAGAUAUACUUAUUGAAAAUCUUAUUCAGUCUAAUAGUGACUUGAAAUAAAACAGGACUGUUACAAUAAUUAGUAUUAUUCAUUAUUUUUAUUCUAUCUUUUAUUUUAUUUAUUAUAAUUAUUAUUACUGUUAAUAUAAUUAAGUAAACACUAAAAUGUUAAAUCUUAGUAACAAAUGUUUGUCAUCAUAAAUAUUUUGGCAAAAAUACACAAGUUAUUCAGGAGCAUAAUCUGUGAUCAAUUAGUUGGACCUGACCAUAAAACCUGACACUUUAAGCUACUGCUUUUUAAUAUUUUAAUAAUAUAAGUUGUUCCUUCUAAAUGAACUAUAAUUUUACGUAUUUAUAAUGUUGACUUCAACAUUUGAAAGUUCAGUCAACCUUUAAAAUUAGAUUUAUUUGACAAAAUUGGAAACUGGAUUUUUUUUUAACUGGGACAUGUACCUGCUGAGACAAGAAUGGCUGUUCUUUUGGGGCAGCUUCUUGACGAUUUUCUUGAACUUCAUUUGCUUCUUGAAUAAGCUGAAGUGAAUCAUCUUCCUCACUAGAUGGUGUUGUGUCUAUUCUUUUAUAAUAACGCUUUGUUUUCCCGCCACUGUCUUUUUUUCUUUUCAUGUUGCUUCGUAGUCAGCUCUUCAGUUUUCUUUAUUUUGCCAGUCUGUUUUCAUUUUUGAUACCUGGAACCGGAAAGAAAGCAUGACAUUAAAUUAGCAUGUCUCAUAACAUGGGGGGGGGGAACCUUUUAUCUACACAUCUUCAUAUAGUAUAGACUUGAUGCUUGUGUGUGUGUGUGUGUGUGUGUGUUCUAUACUGGGCCUGAAGUUGUGGGGUAGAGUCUUUGAAAUUAACUGAAAAAUUAAGCAAGAAAAUAAACAAAUUACAAACAGAAGAACAAAUAACUGUUUAUUUUGUAAGCUUCCUCCAUACAUCUUGGAGGGAAUAGCUCAAGAGAUCAAAGUACACAAGUCACCAGGCAGAAUUCCAGUCAAGCAAAACUCAAUUUUCUUUAUUCUUCCAAAAGGUGGAGGGAAAAGGGAAUAGGAAAAAACUCGAACACAAAUAAUUCUUCUUCCUCAAGUAGUCCUCGUAGCAGCCAAUUACAUCUGGAUGGGAGACAGAGGAGAUGCAGUAUUAGUCAAAGGAAUUCGAUCUACUCACGUCCUCCAAUAGGCCUCUAUCCUUGAGAGCUCACUUGGGGUAGAACCAGUUCAAAGCCUGUUCUCUAUAACUGCCAGCACCCUCCAUCUGCUCAGCUCACUCGCUUCUUCCCCUUCUGAGGCCUGUUUGUUCUCUUUUAUGUGUCUGCUAAUUGGCCCAACCGCCUGCAGCUGAGGCUCCCUAUCAGCGGGGAAACAGUGCACACCUGUGUUGGAGGAGGUAUCCCUGGUUCUGAACAUUACUGGGUACCCUGCCCUUGUGUCCGCCUCUGCCAGUACUCUCCAUGGUGCUGAAGGUGACAUGCGUCUUUUAUUGACAGCAAAAUGUUAAACGAAUUUUGUGUCUUAAGACAUGAAAUUCGUUUAACAUUUUGCUGCCAACACAGUAGGGAAAAAAGUGUCACAGAGAAAAUAAAAAUGUACAAAAAUUGUAUUCCUUAUUUUUAUUCGUCUUGUCAGGAUACAGUUCGUUUAACCUUUACAACACAAUAGGAACAAUUGUCGCAGAUGGGAAAAAAAGUAGGUUGUACAAAAAUGGCCUAUUAUAAUUUUAUUCGUCUUGUCAAAAUACUAAAUUCGAUUAACAUCUUGCUGUAAACACAGUAGCUUAGGAAAAGUGUUGCGGAAGAAAAAGAAAUAAAUAAAUAAAUUAGACACCUGUCAUUUAAAAUUAUAGGCUAAGCAAAAUAUAAACAAAUCCGAGUUGAGCGUACUUCAAGGACAGCGCAUCCACCAUCUUUAUUCUGCUCUGUCACUCAUCGACAACCUGCCUGUUCUGUCUCCGGGCCGUAUAUUCACUGGUAGGUUAGCCUGCUCUGAGCAUCGUUAUGCACAUGCUGCGCCACAGACACUCGCAAAUAAAACGAAACACUGGUUCAUGCGUGCAGCGCGUGCAUAACAGUCAAGUGCAGGCUGUACCCGUGCUUGAGUAAAGCGCAGAUAUGUUGUUCUGAAAAGACGUCGGGAACGGGAUAUUGUUAGACCGCCCGCUCCCAUUCAAACUGCACCAGAGUUACCGACCGCAACCGCGUUUUAUUCAGGAAUUUAAUCCCGCGUCGCAAGAAAUUGUCACGGGUAUGUGGUUUUAGCGAACUGAAACAAAUAAGACUCGAAGAACUAAAUAAACAUAAACACACUUUCCAUUUAAUGACGUUAAGACGAGACGAAGAUCAGGGGAAAACUGAGGACUUAUAAACGGAAGGGAACAAAAGAGCAAACAACAUAAUACAAAUCAGGUGGGGACAAUGAAUGAUAAUUAACAAACGAGAACAGGAACUAAACCAUAUAAGGACAGACAGGAUUUCAGACGGGUCGACAUGUGACAGAAAUCUGGUCGCCGCGGGAAUGCAGACCUCUAGCGUUGAGUGUUUGGUGAUCAGUGGACUGAUUGACUGGAUUGCAAUGGAAGCUUUUAUUGGUCUUCUCAUCCUUGCUGGAGUUUUUAAAUCCCACGAUGAGGCAACACAAAGCCUGUGGCAUGGAGAGAUGGAGAGAGCGAUUUUUCGGGCUACCAUGCCGCUGAAAGAUUUUGAGAGAUUGUCAAGUGUGCUCCGUUUUGAUGACAAAUCAACAAGAGCUGCAAGAAGAGAAACAGACAAGCUGGCACCCAUCCGUGAACUGUGGGAAAAAUGGGUAGAAAGGCUUCCCAUGAUGUAUAAUCCUGGCUUGAAUGUAACUGUAGAUGAAUGCUUGCUUGGGUUCAGGGGCCGCUGCCCGUUCAACCAGUAUACAGUAUGCCGAGCAAACCAGCUAAAUAUGGUCUCAAAAUUUGGGCAGCUUGUGAUGCCAAAAGCAGCUACAGCUACAAUAUGCAGGUGUACCCUGGCAAACCUGCAGGAGCACAACACGAGCGAAACCUGGGCAAACAUGUGGUGCUUGAAAUGCUACAUUAUCUUGAGGGGCACAUUGUCACGUGACAAUUUUUUCACCUCCUAUGGUCUUGGCACAGAGCUCUUACAGAGAAAAAUAAUGAUGAUAGGAACUGUAAGAAAAAACAAGCCAGAGCUCCCAAGUGCUUUGGUCACAAGAAGAAACAGGACUCGUUUUUCAUCUUUGUUUGCAUUCACCGAGACACACACCAUCGUGUCCUACUGCCCAAAAAAGAACAAGAACGUGAUUCUUAUGAGCACCGCACACAACGAUGCAGCAGUAAGUGAACGUGAGGACAGAAAGCCGAAAAUGAUUUUGGACUACAACACUACCAAAGGUGGAGUGGACAAUCUGGACAAGAUCGUUGCAACAUACACAUGUGGACGGAAGACAGCUGGCCCAUGGCUCUCUUCUUCAAUAUAAUCGAUGUCUCCGCCUACAAUUCAUUUGUGCUAUGGAGGGAAAUCAAUCCCACCUGGAGACAGGGGAAAAGUUCAAGGAGGAGGAAUUUUCUGGAGGAGCUGGGGUAAGCACUGGUGUACCCCUUCAUGAAAAGAAGGCAAAGCAUUCCUCGCACACCAGCCUCUGUGAGUUUCCUAAAAAAAGUGCAGGAUUCCAUGGAUGAGGAAGGUGGUUCCUCCACGGCUGUUGACUGCAGAGCUGGUGCCUCCACAGUUGGGCCCUCCACGGGUUGUGCCUCAGCGGCUGGUCCAUCAACAGCUGGUCCCUCUGCGGCUGGUGUUUGUAGAGCUGGUCCCUCCACGGCUCGUUCCUCUGCGGCUGGUCCCUCCACGGCAGGGUGAGGCUGUCUCAGAUUUAUUUGGUCGGGAUGAAUUGGAUGAGAACACUUUUAGCACAUCUUCUGAAGAUACAGAUGCAACGGACAGUGAAAGUGAGGUUCAAAUACCAACAGAUGAUCCACUUCACAAAAUUGGCACAGACACAGGGAUGGACCCAUUUCUCAAACAACAGGCUCCAUCACAAAGGCAGAGGCUCUGCUGCUGAUAAUGACUCAUGCUGCUGUACAUAAUAUUACUGGCUGUCAACUAAAUGACUUGCUGAGACUGAUUAAUUUCCUUUUUGGUAAUGAUGUAGUCCCAGGGUCCAAACAUUUGUUUAAUAAGAUAUUCAAGAACAACUCUGAGAUCGAGUUGAGUUUCAUCUUUACUGUCGAGCCUGCAAAUGUCACAUUGGAACACAAAAACUAGUUACUGACCAGAACAUCACACAAUGUCCAUCCUGUAAUGAAACAGGAUCACUUCUUUAAAUAAUGGUAGCUUCUUUAUCAAUGUGCCAGUUGCACCACAGAUUCAGAACCUUCUGGAAAAUCCAGAAAUUCAGAAGCACCUCAGCUAUCGAUUUGACCGACCACACAGUGCUGAGAAUGUAUCACAGACAUCUUUGAUGGAGUUAUGUAUGAAAAGUUGUCACAACCUGGUGGGAUUCUUUCAAAUCCUAACAAUGUUUCAUACAAUUUUUAAUUCUGAUAGGUCCCCUGUUUACAAAUCUUCAAAAUUCUCUAUAUGGCCUAUACAGCUACACUUGAAUGAACUGCCCCCUAAAAUGAGAUUUAAGCAUGCAAUCCUUGCUGGCCUCUGGUUUGGAACUCAUGAGCCAUCUAUGCAAGUCUACCUGAAGCCAUUUACAGAACAAGCAAAGUCACUCGGUUCUAAAGGUGUCUUGUGGAGAAAAACUGAUAAUCAGUCUGUUCUCUCCCUUUGUUCACCCCCAAACCCCACUCCAACACACACAACCUACACUUUCAGAUCUUUGCUACUGUCAGUCAUGCUUUUGAGAAUUGUAUUUAACAGUAAGUGGGAAACCUAGUUUUGAACAAUGGAAGUAGUUGAUUACUUUAGCCUGGAAAUUUGCCAGGAGUCGACAACAGCAUGUCUUGCCUUAACUGUAAAAUUGUGAGAACAGAGAAAAGAUGUUAAUGAAAAACAAAUGUGAGUUUACGUUCUCUAUAACAAGUAGUGUUUCAUUAUUUUACAAACAUCACACAAUUGAUUUUGUAACUUUGGUGCUUGUGUUUAUAGUUUUAAAAGAAUUCCAUCCUUGGAAAUAACUGAAGUAUAUGUAAAAUAGUACAAAGUGUUACAGAAAACAAAGAAAAUGAUAAUCUGUACAUACUAAACGUCUUCAAUCAGUCCUCGAUGACUCAAACAUUCCAGAAGUUAUAUUUAUGUAUAUGUAACUUGUCUGAAUGGGAAUUAAAUUAAUAUAAAUUUAUGUAUCAGAUUAUGCUUUAUGCAUUUCUUGUAAAAGAUAUUGUAAAAAAAAAAAAAAAUUCUAGUAUUUUUUAAUUACUGAUGACACUAAAAUUGUUACUUAUUAUAUAAAUACUGUGUUUGUUUCAUUUGUAUUUUGUGUACAAGUCUAUUCAAAACCCAAACACUUGUUAAAAAUAAAACAGCUGAUUAUAUUUGGUCAUACAACUAUGGUGAAUGUAUUUCUUCAGACAAUAAUUUAAUCUGAUUUGAGUCAGGGCAUGCUACAGAUUUAUGCUAUAUUUUAUGCUAUAAUUUAUUUGUGAAAUCAGUUUUAUAAUUUAGUUUUAGACUCCUCUCAGAUAUAUUAUAUCAUUAGCAACUGGAAUUAUUUAAGCUGUACCAUCUAGCCUGCUUGACUAUGAUACUGAACUACCCUUGAAUUUAACCUUGUCAGUAAGUGGAACAAUCUGAUUCAUUUGUAAUUAGGUAAAAUAGACACCAGCUUGGCCAGGUUCGGAGACCAGCUAAAACCAGCUAUUUCCAGCUUAAACCAGCUAAAACCAGCCAACCAGCUUAGGCUGGUUUAAGCUGUUUUUUUCAGCAGGGUUGAGAUAUAUUAAUCCCAAAAAUUCGUCAAACACUCAUUUAUACAGCGUUUUCAACAUUAGUAAUCCCUUGUUUAACACAUAACACAUUCAACAAUACAAACGCCACCAUGUUUUAUUCAAACAUCAUCUUAAUUUCUACUUAAUAAACUCUAAAAACGAUUAAGUCGUCCAUUAACUAAAACACAUACCUCUCCUCAGAGUGCCUCCCACGGACUGAAGUGUACGGCACCCUGGGAACAUACCACUGAUCAGAGAGGGGUAUACCAAUUAGCAAAACUCCAUGACAUAACAUCUUUCUCUUAGAACAAAUGCAGUAUGGAGCAAUUGCAGUUUUUUUUUUUUUUUACAAACACAGAUGAUUGAAUGCCACGUAGAACACUCACAAUUCCCAUCUUGUAUGAAUUAUAUAUACAGUCUUCAACCCCCCUUAAUAACAUGUGGGGUAC